UGGCGUAAUCCGAGUCUGUGCAUAAUAAAGCCCAAAACGAAGUGCAGUUGUCAAUAGAAAAGUGUGUGUGUUGUGUUUGUAGGGUAAUGCGUAUUGAGGUCACUUUGUACAUAUUAUAGCAGCAGUAAACCGCAGCAUAGGCACGCGUAUUUCUCGAGUGCUUGGAGUGCUGUGCGAUUGCCCAAUACCCAUACCAUUGCACCAAGAUAGCCACCAAUAUUCGUUUUCAUCCCACUGCCCAAGGCAAACAGCUGCUCUCCGCUCCGCUAGUGUUGUUUUUGUUGCUUGCGUUGUUUGUGCGCUGAUCGACGGAGCAGAACCGCAGGGCAGGUGGUGUAUGGUGUCCACACAAACAAACAAACAAGCACGCAUUAAUUAUACUACUUAAAAAACGGUCUGCAAAUUGCGCUAAAGUAAAAACAAGGGACAAACUGAGAGAGAGAUAAGCAUAAAGAGAGAGUGGGUAAACUGUGGUGUGGGUGAUGCCCUCCUCUUUCCCCUUCCACACCCACAACCUCCCCCUCUUGCUCUCCGCUUUGGUGUCUUCAUGCUCCAUUCACCUACUUUUACGCGCUCUGCGCUCUCUGCUCUCCACUCGCCACUGCUGACGUUCGUUUUCUGAAUUCCAAAUGAAGUCAUGAGCAGAUUGUGCACCGAAACAAAAAGCUAUAAACAAAGUUUUUACAAUCAGCUAGCCAUUGCUACUAAGGACAGAAUAGGGUUAAAUAUAUUUGUUAAACCUUAUACCUAUGUUUGUAUACUCUUUACUUCUUUGAGUUAAGAUUGUCAUACUUUUUAAAAGUCAAUUGUUAAUAGGAAUAAUGCUUGAGGAUUUUACGUUAAUUUUUUUAAUCUUUUGGUUCGUCGUUUUCAAGGCCACGUUUUUGUGUCGGGAAUUAAAUUAGUAGCUAAUUUUCCAUUGUGUAAAAAGAAACAACACAACACGCAGCUAAAUACGAAAGUCGUUGUCGCACUAUUACAGCAAAAAGAAGCAGAGUGGCAUACAAAAUAAUAAUUCAGAAAAAAAGUGAAAUUAAGUGUUUUAAAAAAAGAAACCAUAAAAACAUGAACAUGACAUGGCCGCGUCUCGUUUACACAAUAACUCAAAAUUAAUUUAAUAUGCUGGCAAAUGAGCAAAGCGAAAAGCACGCUAAAAGGCCCUGAAUCGCUGAGGAGCUCUUAAAAGGCUGCUGUUAUCGCCAUGGCCGCCGCUUCUGCUGGCCAACAACAGCAGCAACAUCAGCACCAGCACAAGUUGAACAUUGCUGGGAGUGCUGAGACAGUGGCCAGCGAGAUGCAUCAACAGCAGCAGCAACAUCAGCAGUUUUUCCAGCAGCAACAGACAAAGUUUGUAUCGCGGGUCGUUACAAGUGCAUCGAUGCAACAGCAGCAGCAGCAGCAACAUCAACUCCAGCAGCAACAUACGCAACAGAUAUUACCAGCUGGCUUGGUAAAUGGCAACAACAACAACAGCAACGGCGGCAACAUGAUGCAGGCAGCCAAUCUGCAUUUGCAGCAGCAACAACAACAACAGCAACAGCAGCAGCAGCAACAACGCGCAAGUCAGCAGCACAUAUUUGUGUGCCCCACAAGCAACCAGCAACUCCUGUUGCAACAUCAACAGCGCCAGGAGCAAAUGAAGUUGCCAAUAAAGUCAACGGGAGCAAUUGUUGCUGGUGCCGGGGCAACGCAUUGCAUGCCUUCGACAAUUGCAUCGCGUCAAAUGAGUCAGAACAAUCAGCUCUAUGCCAAGAAUGUUGCCAAAGCCAACAAUGCCAGUAGCAAUAGCAGUAGUAGUAAUAGUAGCAACAGGAAAACAACCAGCUACAAUGGAAAUUUGGCCCCUGGCUGGCGUCGCUUAACCAACAACAAUGAGGUGGCCUACAUCAGCCCCUCGGGAAAAACGCUGCGCACGCAGUUCCAGAUCAAGGACUAUCUGCUCUCACAGGGUACCUGCAAGUGCGGCCUGCCGUGUCCGCUGCGCCCCGAAUACCUAUUCGACUUCAAUGCCCAGGUGCCCAACAUGCCGCUCAAGUUGCCAACGGAGGCGCCAACGUCGAUGCCAACACCUUGCCUCCAUCAGCGGCGAUUUCUUGAAUCUCAGCAGCUUCAGUUGCCACAGCAACCGCAGCAGCAGCACCAGCAGCAAUCACAAUUGCAGCAGCAACAUCUUCAACAGCAACAACAACAACAACAACAACAGGCUGUCAAAGAUGCUGUAUCUGUAGCUGUAUCCGUAUCUGGGGCAGCAGCUGUCAGCGAUGUGUUCUCCACGCUGAUGACAUCGACAACAAGAACGGCGACAACAGCAACGGCAACGGCAACGGCGACACCAACAGCAGCAACAUCGACGCCAGCAGCAGCAACAUCAGCGGCAACAGCCCAGGCGGCAACAACCACCACACAUGAAUUGGCCAACAAAGACGCUGAUUGCCACAAAUACGGCAAUAACAAAUUACCUGCCUCGGUCCGGUCCACCAGCACGACCACGCCCACUCCCGCUACGCCUCCUCUGCCGCUGCCGCUUUCAAGUGCGAUGCCAACUAGUCAAGCAUUAGCAUUGGGCGGAGUUCCAGUUGGCGGCGUCCCCAAGCGUCCAGCACCGGGACAUGUGAUAAAGCAGCCAGCCAACGCUCUGGCGCCACCAAAUGUUGCAGGUGGAGUCAUCCAGCAGCAGCAGCAGCAACAACAACAGCAGCAGCAGCAACCACACCCCAACUUCAAGGACGAUCCCGCUGGUUACUUGCAACAGCAAACAGCUUUGCUGCACACAACUUUGGGAGUUGGUUUGGAUGGAUCCAAAGCGGUGGCGGGAACUUCCACGGCGAGAUCUCUGCCCCAAGAGCCCAUUGUGCACAGCUCACAGCAACACCAACAGCAGCAGCAGCAGCAGCUUCAACAGCAGCAACUUCAACAGCAGCAACUUCAACAGCAGCAACAUCUACAGCAGCAACAGCAGCAAAACCAACAGCAACAUUUGCAGCAAUUGCAGCGGCAGAAGAUGCGUCGUCUCUCGCUCUUUGGGAAAUGGGAAGCGGAUCCAUCACCUACCACAAAUUCCCAACCUGCAAAUGGAGCACGAACCCUUCAAGUGGACACGGCAGCCUUUGCACGACCCCAGAAACCCCAGAUCACCAGCUUAACCAUGGUGCCAGCUCCCCAGGAAUCCCCCGUAUCGAGUAGUGCAGCCGAAGUGCUGGAAAAGCGACCCGAGCAAGUGGGUGCCAUAUCCACCAGUCACGAGAGUCCACGGCAGAGCGUUUCCUCUCCCACGGAUUCCGUUGAUUCGGCCAAGAGCACGCCCUCCGCUUCCCCGAAGCCCCAGAUGCACGUGCAGUUGCAACCGCAAUUGCUGCAGAUGCGCACGCAGCCACAAGCUAAUCUUCCAGCUCCGGCGGCUGUGUCCUUGCCCUCGCAUGUUCGCGUGAUGCGCCAGCAGCAGGCGCAGAUCAUUCCCGGCCAGCGAUUGCCGGUGGCCAGCAGCAGUGGCGCCAUGGCCACGAUGACCAGGAGCUUAGCUGCCAGUUCCUCGGCGGGAGGAAGUACGAUAACGGGCAGACCGGUGACCACCACGUUGACCAACUCGAAUCCCACGGUGGCGCAGCUGCAGACGAUGGCAAAUGCAAUGGGAGGAGCAGGUGGUGGCGGCCAGUUGAUAAUGACAUCCUCGGGUCAGCUACUGGUUAUACCAACCGCCAAUAAGCAAACCCCGCAGCAUCAUCGUACCGCUCAACCCGGUCAGGGUGUGAUUAUCCAACAACAGCAGCCAGCGGAAUUGCAUCCUCAACCAGGAGGAGGUUACAUCGUGAGUCAACCCUCGCCAGUUGCCUCGGCCAGCUCGAGCAGCAGCAGCAGCACUGUGAUCUUGAACUCCGGAGGAGCCAAGUUGCUGCACCACCAAAUCAUCACUUCGCAGGCGGGUCAAAUAAAUCAAGCAACGGCUGGAGCGGCAGCAAAUCAACCGCAAACUGUGCUGCUGAACACAUUGCCCAACGGAGGCUACAUCGUGCAGCAGCAACAGCAGUCGCAGACGACGCAGCAGGCGGAGCAGAUCCUGGCCAUGCCGCAACCGCCGCCAGCGCAGACGCUCAUCAUCAGUUCGCCGGACAACAAGAGGAGAGCGCGGAAGCGCAAGAGUUCCAUAUGCCAUACGCCGCCGCCGAGUGGCUCGCCUGCCAAGACCAUAUCGCCACAGAUCUCACCCAGCAUACCGAGCCAGGCGCCCGCUCUGCUGCAGCAGCAGUUCCAACUCAGUCCGGGCAUCCAGGGCAUUGUGGUCAACAAACCGAAUCCCCCGCAGGCGCAGCAGACGCAGCAGCUUCUGUUGCAGAACGGACAGAUCCUGCAGCAGGUGAAUCUGAUUGGACAGCAGCUCCUCAUGCCCGCUGGCUUGGUGAUGGGUCCGGACGCCACGCUGCUGCAGAUCCAGAACAUGCCCACCACCAGUCUGAUGACGCCGCAGGGUCCCGUGAUGCUGCGCACUCCCUCGCCGCAGAGCAAGCCAUCCUUCAUCUCGCCGAGCGCCGGUGGUCAGCAGUACUUGGUGGGCGCCAAUGGCCAGCUAAGUCCCAUCGGGCAGAUAUACUCCACUCCGAUGGGUCUGGUGAUGCCCACGGGUCAGCAGGGAGGUGCCUCCUUUGUCCAGGCGAGUCCCACGACCACCACCAUCCAGAUCCAGCAGCAGCCUGCCCCGCAGCCGACGCAGAUUAGUUUGCAGCCAACGCAGGCCACCUACAUCACGGAGUCAGCCAUCAAUCGCCAGGGAACGGCGGCCAGUCCACCGGACACCACCACCUGCAGUCCGCGGAGUCCGGAGCGACCUCCCAGCCAUCGAAGCAGUGGCAGCGAUAUGGUGCAAUGUGUGUCCAGUUCUGAACCGGAUGCAGCUGUUUCUCCCCAAAGCGCCGAGAGUCGACAGUCGCCCUCUUCCACGGACUGUGAGAGAACCAUUUGCAACACCAAUCUGUUCACCCAGCCAAGUGGCAUCUACAAGCAUUCAGAGCCCAAAAUCCGUCGCAUUCACAUCACCUCGCAGACGAACGCCACGGAGAAUGGAAUCAGUUUGACGCAGGGACAAGGUAUGCGCCUCGCCACAUCUAACAACACCAACUCCACAUCCGCAUCCGCAUCCAUGUCCAUAACCUCGUCAUCGGCGGCACCACUAACAACCACUGCGAUGGCGGCGGGUCAGCGGCACUUUGUGCAACGCCAGCAGGCCAUGCAGCAUCAGCAGCAGCAGCAUCACCACACUGCCAACAUCUCCAACAGCCAUCCCUCCAACACCUUCCUCCACAGCCACAAAAUAGUUAAUGUCGACUACCAGGAGUCGCCCACCACCACGCAGCAGCUUUCCACCACUCCGAUCCCCAAUCUGGAUGCAUCACCACCACCACCACCCACCGUUGAGAAGGCAACGUCGGCGGUCAGGACGCCAACGAAACGUUCGCGGCGACCGCAAAGAGGGGCGGCACGUGCCACGCCCUCGGUUUCCAAUCGGUUCCUGUUGCUGCCGCCGCGAUCCUUCGCCAUCGGGGAACUGAUCUGGGGUCCGGCACGGGGGCAUCCCGCCUGGCCAGGGAAGAUCGUCAAGAUGCCCGACGGAGUGUGCACGCCGUCGCAGCAGUUCGACCACGUGUGGGUUCAGUGGUUCGGCGGCGGCGGGCGGUCCACCUCCGAACUGAUUCCGGUCAACUCGCUGCAGAGUCUCUCCGAGGGUCUGGAAGCACAUCACAAGGCCCAGAAGGACACCAGAAAGAGCCGCAAACUGAACUCGCAACUCGAGCGGGCCAUACAAGAAGCAAUGACUGAGUUGGAUAACAUUUCAGCCUCCUCGACACCCGCAGCCACAUCCUCAUCCCCAUCAGCAUCAGCAGCAGCAGUAGCAACUGCGACUAGUGCUGUUCCGGCAUCAGGAGCGUCAGUAAUUGGCGGACAACAGCCAUAUCAGCAGCAGCAGCAGCAUCAGCCGCAACAGCAGCAGUCGCCCUCUUCAACGAACAACAAAAUAAAUGGACUCGCGCGGAGCAAGCGCCAGGCGAACAGCAACACAAGUGGGGCCAGCAUGGUGCUGACCACCAGCACGGCGGCCACGUUGAGUGGCCUCUUCAAUCAGCAGCGAGCGAAGCCCAUACGCAUUGCUCCGGCUCCUCCCAUGGCCACAACGACUAUGCAAGCAACUGGAGCUGGAGCUGGAGGAGCACCACUGGCCUCGGCUGGCAAUGUGAACACUCUGGCCCGUUCCGAGAUCCUGAAGCUUGCCAAAUGACCAGCGCUACCGUCGACCUUGUCGUCGACAGUCGGCACAGCCAACUACACGCUCGUCAUCGGGCACAAGUAGUAAAGCAGGAGGAGCAAGUGGAGCCAGUGGAGCAGUACAGCUAACCCAUAUGCGAUACCAGUAUAGAGUUUAGUGUUAGUUAGAUGUCAGAUGUCAGGCGACAGCCACAGCCACUGCUUUGGAGUUUGUUGUUUUCUAUUAACCCAACCCCGGACUCUCUUCCCGACUUACCGACUUAGUUGCGUCGCUGGGCGGCGCGCGCCACACUUUCGAAAUAGACAAUAAAACAAGAAUGAAGAUGUUAAUGGAAAUCAAGUUACAAAGAAGAGUUCUAACCAUAAGCGAUAGGUUUUUGCUUCUUAGACAGAGCGCUGCGGCGCAAUUAUUUGCGUUGUUUUGUAUAUAGUAAACACCCCAAGCUACAGAUGUUAGUAUUAAGUAUUUAUUUAUUGCAUAUAGAUCCUUGGUUUCUAUAGGUUUUGUUUUCGUUGCAAUUUGUAGACCUAACCAUUAUUUUUAUAAAUAGAUAAGUUGAAAACCGAGUAAAGAUCAAGCGGUUGCUUGUGCAAGCAAUUAACAUCAAAUCAAAAGCAGAUAUUGAUUUUCACCUAAUGCGUAUGCCCAAAAUGUUUUUAAAAACUCUAGAUGAACAAAUUAUUUAUGUCAAACACAAAGCCCUGAGUAAGCGAAGAAUGAGAGAAAUUAUAUUUAUAAAUUGUUAUUAUUUAUUUAGUUGAAACUAUUGUAAAAUUAUAAUUGUAAAACAAAAUACAAGAAACGAAAUCACACUUAGCGGAACCACACAAAGCAAAUAAAAAUUUAAAACCGGAGAACUAAAUGAUUGCUUUGUUAUAUUUUUUUUAAAUCCCUUGAUAGUU